AUGCGAACCGUACUACGUGCUUUGCGAAAUUUCAAAAGCGGGGACGGCCCUGAUGGCAACAGCAACGGCAACGGCAACGGCAACGACGUCGGCAACGACAUCGACGGCGGCGAACAUGUCGAUGAGGAGACGAUCGAUGACGGGCACAAGGAUGGUGGUGACGUCGCCGCCGCGACGAGCUAUCGGGCGAGUGCCGUCGCUGCCGUCGCUGCUGCCGAAGGCUUGCCCGCAGGGGACGAGGCGGGUGUUGGUUGCCAAGACGGAGGCGCCGUGUGGGAUGUGUUUGGGGGGUGA